AUGUACAUCAUGAAGAACAACAUUGGCUUCUUUUUCUAUGUCCUCAUUUGCUUCUUCUUCUGUAGCCAACAUGGGCUUUCUCAUGGAGCUGCUGCUAACACCAUCUCUGCAAAUCAAACGCUUUCCGGAGAUCAAACCAUUGUGUCGGCAGGUGGGAUCUUCGCACUUGGCUUCUUCAGACCAGGUAAGGACUCCAACAAAAACUACAUAGGAAUAUGGUAUAACAAUCUCCCUAUUACUCAAACUGUGGUUUGGGUAGCAAAUAGAGAUAACCCCAUCUCCGAUAGGUAUUCAUCUCAACUCAGAAUCUUACACAACAAUUUGGCGCUUCUCAACGAAUCUCAAACACCCAUCUGGUCCACCAACAUCUCAUCAUCUUCUUCUUCAUCAUCUCCGAUUGAAGCGACCCUAGGUGAUGAUGGUAAUUUCGUGCUAAAGGACAUGUCAAAUUCGACAGUUUGGCAGAGCUUUGAUUAUCCAGUCCACACAUGGUUGCCUGGUGCGAAACUUUCAUACAACAAACGCACUCAAACGCGCCAGAGCCUCAUCUCCUGGAAAAACUCUGAGGAUCCUUCAACUGGGUUAUUUUCGUUUGAAAUUGAAGAAAAAAAAAAUCAAUACUUUAUUCGGCGGAAUAGAUCCGAGAAGUACUGGAAUAGCGGCCCGUGGAAUGGUAAGCACUUCAGCUUGCUGCCCGAGAUGAAUCUUGGCUUCCUCUUCAACUACAGCUAUGUUAACAAUGAGAACGAGAGUUACUUCACGUUUAACAUGUACAAUCCUAAAACCAUUUGUCGAGCAUUUAUGGAUGUAACCGGACAAUUAAGGGUCGUCACUUGGGUGGAUGGUGUUGGAUGGAAUUUAUACUGGAACCAGCCAACAUUACAGUGUGAGGUUUAUGCUUUAUGUGGAGGAAAUGGAGUCUGCAAUCAGAUCACACAGCAAUUUUGCAAUUGCUUGGAGGGGUUCCAUCCCAAGUCACAGGAUGAUUGGAAUCUCAAUGAUUUGUCGGGUGGCUGUGUUAGGAACUUCGAUUUGCAAUGUGGAAAUAUUGAUAAUAAUAAACGUAAAGACGGGUUCAAGCUGUUCACCAACAUGAGAUUGCCCGGGAAUCCAAUGUCUCUGCCCGACCAAAUGGAUAUUAAGACAUGUGCAUCUUCCUGCCUCAACGACUGCUCAUGCUCUGCAUAUUCUUACCACAAUAACUUAUGUUCGGUUUGGAAUGCAGAGUUGUUGAAUCUACAACAGCUCGCUCAAAACGAGGGUGAUGGAAGGAGUAUUUAUAUCAGACUUGCUGCCGAAGAAUUUGAAGAGUUUGCUAGUAGCAAGAGAAGCGCCAAAAAGACUACCGGUGUUGUUAUAGGUUCGGUUGGUGUUGUAAUUGUCUUGGGCAUCGUUAUCCUCCUUAUACUGAGGAGGAAAAAGAGGUCGAAUGUGGAAGGUUUUUUGGUUGCUUUCAUGUACCGGGACUUGCAACGGGCCACCAAAAACUUCUCGGAGAAACUAGGAGGUGGAGGUUUUGGUUCUGUUUUCAAAGGGACGUUGCCUGAUUCAACGUUGAUCGCGGUUAAGAGGCUCGAUAGUAUCAGCCAAGGAGAGAAGCAAUUCAGGACGGAAGUGAGCACGAUUGGGAACGUUCAACAUGUUAACCUUGUCCGUCUUCACGGGUUCUGCUCCCAAGGAAUCAAGAAGUUGCUCGUUUACGAGUACAUGCAAAACGGCUCCCUGGAUUCCAUUCUUUUCCGUCCAAACGAUUCAAAAUCUAUUUUGGACUGGAAAACCAGGUACCAAAUUGCUAUUGGAAUAGCUCGGGGCUUGGCUUACCUACACGAGAAGUGUCGCGACUGCAUCGUCCACUGCGAUAUAAAACCCGAAAACAUCCUUCUAGAUGCCGGGUUCUGUCCCAAGGUGGCAGAUUUCGGCCUGGCGAAGCUCAUGGGUCGAGAUUUCAGCCGGGUGCUGACGAGUAUGAGAGGUACAAUAGGGUAUCUUGCUCCGGAAUGGAUAUCGGGAGUAGCUAUAACGGCAAAAGCGGAUGUUUAUAGCUACGGGCUGAUGCUAUUCGAGUUGAUAUCAGGACGAAGGAACUUUGGAGAUGGGAGAAUGAAGUACUUCCCCAUUUGGGCUGCCAAUGUGGCCUUAGAAGGGGGAGAUAUUAUGAGUCUAUUGGAUGCUAGACUGGAUAGGGAAAGUGCCGAACCUGAGGAGGUGAUGAGAGUAUGUAGGGUGGCUUGCUGGUGCAUACAAGACUGGGAAGGACAUAGACCUACAAUGGGUCAAGUGGUUCAGGUCCUUGAAGGGGUUAUAGACGUGGAACAACCUCCGGUUCCACGGGUUCUCCAAAACAUGGUUGAAGACGAUGAAAGCUUAGUUUUCUUCGAAGAAAUAUCUUUUUCUUCUUCAAAUAAAACCGCACAAGCCCACGACACUUCUUCUGGCCAUUCUCAUACCAAGAGCAUUUCUUCAUCUAAAGAAUUGGGCGGAGCCAAGUACAAGCCGGCCCGGGCUACAGUAACCCGAGUAGCCUUAUACAGCCUUUGCGUGGAAGAAGUUUCUGAAAAGUAUGACAUUGAGAUACCUCAGAUGGAAGCUCGUUACAAAUCUAGUAGAAGUCGUUUUUGUCAACAAAAUGAUUCGAUUACAGUUAAGCACCACUAUCAAUUUGAUGUAUUUAUUGCUGGAAUAGAUUUUCAAAUUGAAGAGCUCAAUAGUAAAUUCAAGGACGAGGCAGUCGAACUUCUUAAGCUCAGUGGUGCUUUGGAACCUAAAGACAACUUUAAACUUCUUAAUGUUGAUCACAUCUAUCAACUUGCUGAGAAAUUUUAUCAUCUAGAUUUUGAUGCCCAAGAUUUGCACCACUUGAGAACACAAUUGGCUCACUAUGAGCUUGACAUGCCCGUCAAUGAAAGAUUUCAGUAUUUAUCAACUAUUUUUGAAUUAUGUCGAAGAUGA